AUGAAGAGGUACGCUUUGGUGGGCACCGGAGGCCGGGCCAUGUUCUUCUACACAGCCAUCGUCCGAGACUUCGCUGCCACUGCGGAGCUUGUCGCCUUCUGCGACACCAACAACACCCGCAUGGCCUACGCAAACUCCAAGAUCCAAGCCCUGGGGCAUGGAGCUGUCCCUACCUAUCUGGCCAGCGACUUUGACCGCAUGGUCAAGGAGACCCGUCCGGACGAGAUCAUCGUGACCACCAUCGACCGUACUCACCACCACUACAUCGUCCGCGCGCUUGAGCUAGGAUGCAACGUCAUCACCGAGAAACCCAUGACGAUCGAUGCCCCCCGGUGCCGCCAGAUCAUCGACACCGUCGAGCGUACUCAACGCCAGGUCCGGGUGACGUUCAACUACCGGUAUGCGCCGCAUAACAGCAAGAUCGCGGAGCUGCUGGCCUCCGGGGCCAUCGGGGACGUCUACUCGGUGCAUUUCGAAUGGAUGCUCAACACGUCACACGGAGCGGAUUACUUCCGGCGCUGGCACCGCGACAAGCGCAACAGUGGCGGGCUGCUGGUGCACAAGUCCACGCACCAUUUCGACCUGGUGAACUUCUGGCUACAGACAAAACCCGAGACCGUGGUCGCCAUGGGUGAUCUUCGGUUCUACGGCAAGGAGAACGCAGAGGCCCGCGGAGAGACAAAGUUCUACUCUCGGGCAGCUGGGAGUGAGGUUGCCCGGGAUGACCCGUUUGCGCUGCAUCUCGACCAGAACGAGCAGCUCAAGGCGUUGUACCGUGAUGCAGAGUGGGAGGAUGGAUACUAUCGAGACCAAAGUGUGUUUGGCGAUGGGAUCAGCAUUGAGGAUACGAUGGGCGUGAUGGUGCGGUAUCGGUCUGGGGCGGUGUUGACAUACAGCCUGACGGCGUAUGCGCCAUGGGAAGGGUUUCGAGUUAACUUCAACGGGAGCAAAGGCCGACUGGAGGUGGAAGUGGUCGAACAGUCGUAUGUCAACUCAGGUGGUGAACAGUCUCUGGAGGGGGCGCUGGAGAGUCGAACGAUUCUUUUGCGACCCUUGUUCGAGAAGCCCAUCGAGAUAGAGGUUCCCACCGGGUCGGGAGGCCAUGGAGGCGGAGAUCCUCAGCUGCUGGAAGAUCUGUUUGGCACGCGUCGAGACGAUCCGCUGAGACGAGCAGCUUCGCAUAUCGAUGGAGCCUGGUCUAUUGCUACGGGAAUUGCCGCGAAUGAGUCGAUGAGAAGAGGAGAUACCGUACGAGUAGAAGAUGUCUUGAGGAUAUAG